AUGGUUCACAAAUGGGUCGAAGGAGGCCAAAACGACAUGGUCAUUCCCAGUGACUCCAUGUUAUGGCACCCUAACUCGAAAGGGCACCAUAUCUACAACCUGAAUUUGGCCUUGAUCAUUUUCUCAACGGUUUUCAUAUCGUUGCGGUUGUAUGUUCGAAAGGCUAUCGUCAAGGCUUUGGGAUGGGAUGACUUCCUCGCGGUUCUAGCAUGGGCGCUCUGCGUGACUCUUUCCGCCCUGGAGAUGGAUACCACCCAUUACGGGACCGGCGCUCAGAUCGAAGAUGUACCCAAAGAUACAUUGCUACAGUUUCAGAAGAGACUCACAAUCAUGGAGCUAGUGUACCUCAUUGCAUCGGGAGUUGUUCGGCUGUCAAUUCUAGCAUUUUUGCCACGACUGUGCAAAGCCAAGAUUUAUACCUGGAGCAUAUGGGGACUUAGGCUCAUCGUCAUCAUCAUCAGCUUGACGGGGUUCUUCUUCAUUCUGACAGAAUGCCAGCAAAUACCCGAGGUAUUCAAUUACGCAAGUACAUGGCGAGAAUGCAAGGACAAGCGAGAAGAGCGGGAUCUGAUGAUGGCCCAUGCAAUUAUCUGCAUUUUUGUCGACUGCAUGCUGGUUGCCCUUCCACUUUGGGUGGUGACAAGUUACUUCAAGAUGGGAGUCAAGUCGAUUCAGAUCCUUCUUAUCUUCUCGCUAGGCAUCUUCGGUGUUGCCACCGGCAUUGUCAGGUUUGCCAUAAUCACGACGACAGACUUCACUGUGAACACAACUUACAAAAUGCUGUCUGUCGCUGCAUGGACAGACGCUGAGCUCCAUGUUGGUCUCUGGGGCGUGACCUUACGACGGCGGGUCCUUCCUCCCGAGGUCUUCGUCCUCAUUAUGAACGCCUUCCUUGACGAAGCUGAGUCCACUAUCACUGCUGUACAGUCGUGGUUAUUGAACGUAUUGGAACCGACGAGCUCGGAUCAUUCCCCAGAGUUCUAUCUCUGCAGCUCAAAUCCGGGCAGCGACAUUCUGAAGGACCGCUUCCUGAGAGUCCAAUCUGUCUGCCAGAUCAAUCACAUGACACGAACAAUGGUUCGCAACAGAUUCUCGCCUUUCCUAUUCCACGAGUUCUUAUCGGGGCCCUUCACCGACGGUCUGGUCUUUCCUAGGAUCGACACAAUUAAACCUGUCUUUGACGCUAUUCCUCGGGAGUCUGUGGAAUCGAUGCUGCGCGACUCAGGACGCCAUAUUUCGAGAUGCCUGCAAUCUUUCGAGACCAUGAUCAUGUUCGAUGGCUUCUACGACCUACGCAAGUAUUCGGAGGCCACGAUCAAUUGCUGGACGUCCAUGUUUCCCAAUCUCAAGGUCAUGUUGCUGUCGAUUUAUACGGCGAAGCUGUGCUCUCGGCUUGAGCGUCGUGCUGAUCAUGAUCAUGAUGAGCUUUUGCUCCCCAACUCAAAUUCAGACCUGUCCUCGCACGAGUGGGAUAUAGAACCUGGAGCACCUGCACUGAAGCUACUCUGGGAGAAAAACAUCCGUCUGAUCGGCACAUUGGUGCACAAGUACAAGAGAAGUCAACCAGUCAUAGAACUGGUCCAGACGUUCCACGGGCCACGCAUGCGAAUUCUGGACCUUGAGUGUCCUCGUUGCAAAGUUCGGAACUAUCAGAUCGGGUCAAAGGCUGGACAAGUUGCCUAA